GGGAACGCGCCCGUCCCUAACAUCGGAUCAGGAACACCAAGGUGUGAAGACAGGUGUAAUAGAAAAAUAAGAACUGAAAGGUAGAGACAGGUUUUACACAGAAAACGAGGACUUUUGUGAGCAAUGGGAAGGAUGUGCCAAGGAUAGUAGGUUUUUCCCCGUCUCCUGACGUUUUUAAAAUAAACUGAGUACCUUUCCAAAAGACCUACAGGUGUUAAACCACAAAAUACUGGAUUCAAGGGCAACCAUUUACCAUUUUCUCACCGGUGUUAUGGAUGAAUAAGACAUUUAAAUCUUAAAACAAUGGAAACUUAUCGAUUUGAAAUCCACCCUGUGAUGUCUCGUACUUUGCAGAAUCAUGCAACCAGUGACCUUUUCAAUGAGGUCAAGUCUUCAAGCACUGAGUUGGAUGUGCAUUUGGUGCUUGUUUUGUAACGUGAGUUACACUGUGAUCAUGGUGACUGAACGCUGCAGGCACUGUGUCGUGCAUUUAGCAAACAACUUUGCCAACAAAAAAGAUGUUUCUGUAGGCUUGUUGCCUGUAACCAGGAAGUCAGGGCUGAUAAACAAGAAAAUUUCUGUUGUAAGGAUGUGGUUAAGUUGGAUUUCAAGAAGAAACGUAUCACUAUGAGACUGUGCUCUUUAAGCUGUGAUUCAAAACCGAAAACCGAAGAAUGAAAAUAAGAGAUAAAAUACUAAUACAAAAGUACUACUUAAAUGUCUUCAGUGGAAUUUUUAUGGCUCUGGGUCUUAUGCUUUUGACAUUUGGCCUGUGGCUUUUCUUUGACAGAAACAAUUUAUUCACUGUGUUAUUUUCUUCAGGCGAGAACCAGCUGGUGGCAUAUAUUUCUUGUAUGUUACUUGGAAUUGGAUCUGUUAUUACUUUUACAUCAGCCGUGGGAUUCCUUGGAAGUGUUAAAGAAAUCAAAUGUCUACUAGUUACAUAUAUGAGUUUUCAGUUCCUGGUGUUUGUUACUCAGAUGGCAAUAUUGGUGCUGAUAUUCAUGAAGAAAGAAGAGGUCCACAAUCAGUGGAACAACAGAAUAGAUGAAGUUAUUUCUGAAUACGGGAAUGAGAGUCUGGCUGAGCAGGAACCUGUGUGGAACAUUCUGAAUGCUGUGCAGCACAAUAUGGAAUGCUGUGGAAGAUACAAUGUCACACAGUGGGAAAGGAAUAAAAACAAGGAAAAUAGAACUCAGAUCCCAUGUUCAUGCAUAAAAUCAAGUCUGAAGAAAUGGUUUUGUGAUGUCCCAAGGAAUUCAACACACAGUAGGGGAUGUGAAGAAUUUUUAAAUACAUGGUUUGAAAACAAUGUUAUGAUCUUAACUGCAAUUACUAACAGCGUGCUAAUUAUACAGCUAUUUUUGAUCACACUAACUGCUCAGCUAUUUAGAAACAUCAGAAAGAAUAGUAUUUGGCCAAAAGAACCGUGAACUCUUCUGAACAUUGCUGUGGUGCAAGAAUUAUCUGAUCUGUGCCUGUGACAGUCAAUGAAAUUACUUACACUAAAAUUUAGAUCGGGGUCUACCUGUUGUAAUCGCUAGGAUAUUAACAUUUGGCCUGUAAUAUGUUUGUUUAUUGUUCAUGGCUAUGGAUAUUGCAGUGUGCUACAAAAUCAUGUGUUAAAGUCUGAAAUACUAUGCCAUUUACUAGCUGGUUAAUAAAACUUCCUGAUAA